CACCAAACAAACCAUACUGACGAUGGAAGGCCUUCAUCGUCACUCUCUAUGGCCCAAGCCAGCAGACGCCCACUGACUCAAUGUUCACCGCCGCACAAAUCUGUUCAAAGAUGUCAAGGCCAUCAACGAAGGUUUGAAAUAUCUGGAGGACUCGUCCCCGUGCGUCUCAUAUGCGGAUACGUUGAUAUACCGCCAGCUAUACUUCGCUCCGUGAUGCCGUGUCGGUCAGAAACUCAAGGAUACGGUUGCGGUAGGCCUGCAACAAGAAACGGCUGAAGGAGCGCUAUGGAUGAGCAAAGUUAUGGUCGCAGGUCCGGCGGUGCAGCAGGCAUACACGCAAGAAGCCAUGUAGGUUGAUGCAAGCAAGCACAAAGACUCUUCAUUGCCAAAAUCAGCAUGCAGGCUCAUCACUUGAUUAUUCUGGUGUCCUUGCCGACUCUAGUCUCAGGUGCGAGCCAUGCCCGUCAACAACAGCAUCCUCCAAGGGUGACUUCUCUUGCGUUUGACCAUUCUUCAGCAUCGAAAGCACAAACACUGAGCCGGGUCCUGAUUGCAGUCGUGUCUCGAGUCGAUCUGCUCCAUCUGUGGUUCCGUCAAGAUGUUCUUCUACAAUCAGAGAGAGGCGAGUCGUUCAAGCAGAUGCGGCCUACAUCCUUUGCAAUGCACCGACAAUCUUGCUUCAGCAUCUCAAGCCACGGUCUCUACGCUCUUGAGAAUUCGCCGUGUUGACGCUCUGCUUCAUGCCGAUUAAGCAGCUACACCGUCGAUGACAGACCACGUUUGAUGCUGCAGCACAUGACUGUCAGGGCCUGGACACAAAACUACAAGACUCCACCACAAUCUGCAGCCAUGAGCACACAAGUCAUCGUCUAGCGUUCGUAGCAGACUUACCAAAAGCCAACAAUGCCAC